UUCCCGUCCACCACGGUGACACCACCCGUAUAUCCCCGCCGCCUUCUCCUCCUCCUCGCCAAAGCGAAAGCGCUACGAAGACGCGAACCCAAGCUGCGGCUGCGGCGCCUGGUAGAAGCGAGCUUCCAGAAGCUCCACGGCCUCGACCUCCCCACCGCUGGGGCUGGUUGUGAUAUAGAUCUAGCCUGUAACUGUCGGGGGCUGAGGGCGAAUCGAAGAUGAGCGUGGUGGGGUUCGAUCUGGGCAAUGAGAGCUGCAUUGUGGCCGUGGCGCGGCAGCGCGGCAUCGACGUGGUCCUCAACGAGGAAUCCAAGCGGGAGACCCCCGCCAUCGUCUGCUUCGGGGACAAGCAGCGCUUCAUCGGCACCGCCGGCGCCGCGUCCUGCACCAUGAACCCUAAGAACUCUAUCUCCCAGAUCAAGCGCCUGCUCGGCCGCAAGUUCUCUGAUCCCGAGCUUCAGGGUGAUCUCCCCUCCUUCCCGUUCCGCGUGUCCGAAGGCCCUGAUGGGUUUCCCCUGGUCCACGCCCGGUAUCUGGGCGAGGAACAGGCGUUCACCCCCACGCAGCUGCUUGCCAUGGUGCUAUCCAAUUUGAAGGGCAUUGCUGAGGGCAACCUGAAUUCUGCAGUUGUUGACUGCUGCAUUGGUAUCCCGGUGUACUUCACUGAUCUGCAGCGCAGGGCUGUUCUUGAUGCCGCCACUAUUGCGGGUCUCCGGCCGUUGCGAUUGUUCCAUGAGACGACUGCCACGGCGUUGGCUUAUGGUAUUUAUAAGACUGAUCUCCCGGAGAAUGACCAGCUGAACGUUGCGUUUGUUGAUGUCGGUCAUGCCAGUAUGCAGGUCAGCAUUGUUGGGUACAAGAAGGGGCAGCUCAAGAUGUUGUCCCAUGCAUAUGACCGGUCUCUUGGUGGGAGGGACUUUGAUGAGGCCUUAUUCAGGCACUUCGCUGCAAAGUUUAAAGAGGAAUAUAAGAUUGAUGUGUACCAGAAUGCACGCGCAUGCAUUAGGUUGCGCGUAGCGUGCGAGAAACUUAAGAAGAUGCUAAGUGCCAAUCCAGAGGCUCCAUUGAACAUCGAGUGCUUGAUGGAUGAGAAGGAUGUCCGAGGGUUUAUUAAGCGUGAUGAGUUUGAACAGAUCAGUGCCCCUGUACUGGAACGCGUGAAAGGGCCUUUGGAAAAGGCCUUGGCUGAAGCUGGCUUGACGACAGAAAGCGUGCACUUUGUUGAGGUUGUUGGAUCUGGCUCUCGUGUUCCCGCCAUAAUCAAGAUAAUCACCGAAUUUUUCGGAAAGGAACCUAGGAGGACUAUGAAUGCUAGUGAGUGUGUGGCGAGAGGGUGUGCUCUUCAAUGUGCCAUUCUCAGCCCCACUUUCAAAGUCAGGGAAUUCCAGGUUAAUGAUGGGUUUCCUUUCUCAAUAGCUUUGUCAUGGAAGCCAGAUGCUCAGAACAAUGAAGCACAACAAACAGUUGUAUUCCCAAAGGGGAAUGCUAUCCCUAGCAUCAAAGCUCUGACCUUCUAUCGGGCCAAUACAUUUGCAGUUGAUGUUCUGAAUGUUGACUUGGAUGAUGCGCAAAUUCCAUCAAAAAAUAGCACUUACACAAUUGGUCCUUUCCAAUCCAGCAAAGGUGAAAAGGCCAAACUGAAAGUGAAAGUUCGUCUCAACAUCCAUGGGAUAGUAUCUGUUGAAUCUGCAAUGAUGCUGGAGGAGGAGGAAGUGGAACUUCCGGUAUCAGCUACUAAUGAGGCUCAGAAGGAUGCUACUCAGAUGGACACAGAUGAUGCACCGAAUGACCCUGCUUCUGGAACUGACGUGAAUAUGCAAGAAUCUAAAGGUGCUACAGACACUGCUGAGGGUGCUGAAAAUGGAGCACCAGCUUCUGAAGAAAAAUCUGUUCCAAUGGAUACUGAUGCUAAGGUUGAGCCAUCAAAAAAGAAAGUUAAGAAAACUAAUGUUCCAGUCUCUGAAUUGGUUUAUGGUGUGUUGGCGGCUGCUGAGUUGGAGAAAGCUGUAGAGAAAGAGUAUGAGAUGGCCCUUCAGGACAGAGUAAUGGAAGAAACCAAGGAGAAGAAGAAUGCUGUGGAGGCUUAUGUUUAUGACAUGCGUAACAAGCUCUAUGAUAAGUACAGUGAUUUUGUCACGCCUGAGGACAAGGAAGGUUUGACUGCUAAGCUUCAGGAGGUUGAAGAUUGGCUAUACGAAGAUGGCGAGGAUGAGACCAAGGGAGUCUAUAUUGCUAAACUGGAAGAACUAAAAAAGGUUGGUGAUCCUAUUGAGGUACGCUUCAAGGAAUGGGAAAUUAGAGGUUCUGCUGUUGACCAACUGGUAUACUGCAUCAGCAGCUUCAGAGAGGCUGCACUGUCCAACGAUCAAAAGUUUGAACACAUUGACAUAUCGGAGAAACAAAAGGUCAUUAACGAGUGUUCAGAAGCAGAGACUUGGCUACUAGAGAAAAAACAGCAGCAGGAUGCUCUACCAAAGCAUGCUAAUCCCGUCCUCCUUGCUGCUGACCUAAAGAAGAAAGCUGAAACACUUGACAGGUUCUGCAAACCGAUCAUGACGAAACCAAAGCCAGCUCCGAAACCGCAGACUCCACCUCCUGCCGAAACCCCGGCACCUGAGCCUCAAACACCAGAGCAGCAGCAAUCAGAUGGCGCCAACACGGCCAGUGAGGCAGCCAGCGAGGGAGCUGCCCAGGAGCCUGCAGCCGAGCAGAUGGACACAGACAAGCCCGAUGGAGCUGCAGAUCCCUCGGCUUAGCUUUAUCACCGUCGAUCAAAUGAGCUUUUAUCUUCGCGAGAUCAGCCUUAUUUACCUGCUGUUAUGGUCAGUAGGGAACGGACUUGGAGAGAUGGUCGUUUACCACAUUUCAUUGAGGAUGUGUAUUGGGACGUUGAGUUAUGCUAUGUUUCUUGUUCUUGUCCCUGGAGUCAGUUUUCUUGACAAGAGGUGGUUGGUUGGACGAUGAAGGGCAGUAGGGCCCCCUUUCUCACGUUUUGGUGCCCCACGGUGCUCGCUGUAAUUUUUAUUGAUGAUGGUCCGUUAAGACCAUAACGAAUCCGAAUUUUUUGUGUUUUUAUUGUGAAAGGCUACUUCAAAUUGUUGCUAGAAGAUUAUUCAUCAGCGUUUUUGCA